ACUCGUGACGCACGCGUGACGCAAACGCCAUGGUAGGUUUGGACGUUUCCAUUUCAUUCUAGUCCGGGAGUACUCAGAACACUCACAGUCUGUAGCUUAGCGUUUCUUUCCACAUACACCCGAUUUUAAAGGAGAUUUCUUCACAUUAUUAAACAGCUAGCCAGGUACAGACAUGAGUAUGAGUAUGAUGAAUCGGACAGCGCCGGUGAGUUUGCUGUGUUGUGGAGUUCAAAAUGGCGGCGGCGCUGCUGUUGGCGUUUCCCGUUUCAGAGCUCUAGCGCAGACUUUCUCACAGAAGCGCGAAGAGGAGCUGGACGGCUACACGGAGGAGGCCGACGGAUGGCCUGUUAAACCCGGGAUUAAUGAGAGAGAGCUGCCGCGGGAGAACCGGGUACAGGUUGGGGCCAGCGGCCGUGAGGAGCCUCUGAUGCCGGACCUGGAGAAGGAAAGCCGGGAGCUGCUCCGCGCCUUCUACCGCUCUCACACCCGCCUUCCUGCUCCGUGCAGCCGCAGCGGAACGCACCCCGCGCUGCCCAGCCUGCGCAGAGUGGUGGGAAAUGUGCUCUGCAAACACAGGACCGCCUACAACGGAAUGGUGCAGCGGCUGUUCGACCAGUCCAACGGUCUGGACAGUGUGAGCUCUGUGUUGAGUGGUGUGUUCAGCGACAGCGUGGUAAGUUGGGGCCGCAUCGCGAGUGUUUUGGCGCUGGGAGCUGUCGUGUGUGAGCGGCUGAAGCAGGAUUGUGUGAAGGAGCAUGCGGAGGAGUGUGUGGACAUCGUUGCUUCGCGCAUCUCCUCAUACCUCAGCACAGAACUACAGCACUGGUUCAUCAACAACAAUGGCUGGGCUGGUUUUGUGGAGUUCUUCCAUGUCGAGGAUCCCGAGUCCACAGUUCGGAAUGCACUCAUGGCAGUGGCUGGGUUGGGAAUAGGGGCGUGUCUACUCACGCUGAUGCGAUGAAGUGGGUGGAGCCAGAAAUGACUGCUGUUACCAUGGCUACGCCUUCAUUCUUCAUUCUAAGGAAACAAGAAUGAAUGUGCUUGUGCUCUUCGGAGUGAUCACACAGAGACACUUUAAAUGUGUAUGUUUUAUGAAAACAGAGAGAGGUUUAUUUGCAAAUAGAAUUUCCUUCACCCAGAUAAGCUCCAUCCUUGUCUCCAUGGUGAUGUCACUGCACUUGUCCCGCACAUGGCAGGAUUUCAGCUCUUUAAUUGUCAGUGUAGGGUCUGGCACACUGAGAGCUGUGAUUGUGUGAAGAAUUUCAGAGCUUUACAGUUUUGAAAAGAGUUUUAUUUUUUUAAUAAACACUUCAGACACUGAAAA